AUGACUGACAGGGGAAUCUUAGACAUCCGGCAGAUCAUCGCCGAGUGCGGCUUCGUUGCCGCGCCGGCUCCUCCGGUGCUGGUGACGACGACGACACCACCGGUCCUCGUGCCUGCUACCAGCACCUUGCCGCCUCCGGUGUUGGCCCCGGGCGAGCCGUCUACGCUCAGUUCAUCGACGUCUACAUCAGCAACGACACCGCCGCCUGCACCUCCGCAGGUGGAUGCACCCCCGUCCACGCAGUCUACCUCGAUACCUCCGCCAGCGCCCCCGGCUACCCAGACCCCUUCGGUCCCCACGACGCCGUCCCAGCCGGCAGAGGCGUCUUCGACGCAAAGUGCCGAAUCGGUCACGCCCGUCACCGUGUUCGAGACCCCCACGUUCGUGACGCUGCCGUCCAUCGUCCGGCCGAACGACGCCCCGGCCUCCCCGCCGGACCUCGGCGACGGGAAUCAGAUGAGUCACGGCGCGAGGAGGAUGGGCGUACCCGGUAGGGGCGUCGUCUUGUUGGCGGUUGUGGUCUUUCUUUUGAUUUGA